AUGUCAUCCUCCAGUCAUCCCUUAGGCUCAGGCCUAGGCACUACACCGUCAUCACAAGUUCCUCAUCCCCGCAAAACCCAUGUGCUCCUUCUACUCGUGCUUGAGGGGAACGCAAAACAGGUUGUUCAUGAUUUCGAGAAGCUUGUUGAAAAUCUGCCUGCCAAACUCCAGGCUAAAAUAACAGAUGCAUAUGAAACUAAUGCAUCUGCCGGUGUGUUUCUACGGAUGACUUGGGAGGCAUAUGCUCGAAUCCUGUCAACCGUAGAACUUGAACCACUACUUCCUGUCAUCGGACUCUCCCUAGUUCGAACCCAGGAGCUGCGGGAAGUUCCUGUCUUGGCAAGCCGAGAAAAUAUCUCAUUCCAGGAUCGACCCCAAGACAAAACAUGA